GAGAGAGAGAGAGAGAGAGAGAGAUUCACAGCUGUAUCUGAGAAUCAGGAUUAUUUUUUGCUGGAUUAUCUAAAUGAUUUUCUCUCUUACACGGAUGUGUUUUGUGUUUUUGCGUGACAUUGAUUGAAUGUCGUUGUUUUAUUUUGCUCUGUUAAUGAACAGCAGUCUGUCUGUGCGCGCGUCAUCGCUCCGGACGGACAGACGGACGCACGCGUUUUCUCUUCGUUUCGCCCGGAUUUCGUGUUUUUUAUUCUCCUCGCGUUAUUUCUUCAAGGUUUUUCUGUCGUCAAGACGAAUGAAAGCAGUAAGGCACUGAAGAUCAUCUCUCCAGCUGUCAACAUGAGCUCCUUUAGAAAUAUCACUUCAACAUGAAGAACAAUGGAAAGAUCUCACCAGAGUCCUCUGAACCACGUGAAUCAGUUCCUGUAAGAAGUUUAGUCUUGGUUUGGAUUACCAGGUUUGCAAUCUCACAUCUGAGAGGAUUACAUCAACUCUGAAAGGGACGUUUGCGUACCUCAUUCUUUACGAUGUUUGGUAUAAGCUUGAGUCUGAAAAUGAUCCUUCAGAUUAUCGUCUUGAUUUUGGAUGUUACAUUUGUCAAAGGUCAACAAGCACAAUACACCACAAUCACCACAAACUAUGGGAAACUGCGUGGAUUAAAAGUGGCAUUGCCCAAUGAGAUCUUGGGCCCCGUGGAGCAAUACCUGGGUGUACCGUAUGCCAUGCCACCUACUGGAGAACGAAGGUUUCAGGCACCAGAGCCGCCUUCAUCCUGGCCGGGCAUCAGGAACGCCACCCAGUUUGCCCCGGUGUGUCCGCAGUACCUGGAGGACAGACUCCUGCUUAACGACAUGCUGCCCGUCUGGUUUACAGCCAACCUGGACACGAUCGCCACUUACAUACAUGACCAGAGUGAAGACUGUCUGUACCUCAACAUAUACGUCCCAACAGAGGACGAUCUUCAUGAUGAAACGGGCAUGAAGCCGGUCAUGGUCUACAUUCAUGGCGGUUCGUACAUCGAGGGUACGGGAAACAUGAUUGACGGCAGUAUUCUGGCCAGCUAUGGGAAUGUCAUCGUCGUGACUGUUAACUACAGGUUAGGAGUUUUAGGUUUCCUCAGCACUGGUGACCAAGCUGCAAAAGGGAAUUAUGGUCUUCUGGAUCAAAUCCAGGCUCUGCGAUGGGUAAAGGAGAACAUUCAGUCUUUUAAUGGAGAUCCACAGAGAGUGACCAUAUUUGGUUCAGGAGCCGGAGCUUCAUGUGUCAGUUUACUGACGCUCUCACAUUAUUCUGAAGAUCUGUUUCAGAAAGCCAUCAUUCAGAGCGGCACGGCUCUCUCCAGCUGGGCUGUCAACUACCAGCCGGCCAAAUACAGCCGCAUGUUGGCCGAGAAGGUUGGCUGCAACGAAGACGACUCGGUCGAGCUGGUCGAAUGCCUCCAAAAAAAAAACUACAAAGAGCUUAUCGAGCAGAACAUCAUUCCUGCCAAAUACCACAUCGCCUUCGGACCCGUGAUCGAUGGAGACGUCAUUCCGGAUGACCCACAAAUUCUCAUGGAACAAGGAGAAUUCCUAAACUAUGACAUCAUGCUGGGGGUGAACCAGGGCGAAGGUUACAAGUUCGUCGAAGGCGUCUUGGACAGCGAGGAGAGAGUGUCUGCCAGCGACUUUGAGUUUGCGGUCUCAGAAUUUGUGGACCACCUGUACGGUUAUCCAGAAGGAAAGGACACGCUGAGAGAAACCAUCAAGUUCAUGUACACGGAUUGGGCGGACAGGGAAAAUCCCGAGAUGAGACGGAAAACGUUGGUCGCGCUUUUUACCGAUCACCAGUGGGUGGCGCCGGCCGUGGCUACGGCAGAUCUUCACGCUCAGUACGGAUCGCCCACGUACUUCUAUGCCUUCUAUCAUCAUUGUCAAAGCGAGAUGAAGCCCGCUUGGGCCGACUCGGCACACGGAGAUGAACUUCCGUAUGUUUUUGGAAUUCCGAUGAUCGGUCCCACCGACCUCUUCAACUGCAACUUUUCAAAAAAUGAUGUGAUGUUGAGCGCCGUGGUCAUGACCUAUUGGACAAACUUUGCCAAAACUGGAGACCCGAAUCAACCAGUUCCCCAAGAUACAAAAUUUAUCCACACUAAACCGAAUCGUUUCGAGGAAGUGGCCUGGUCCAAAUACAACCCUAAAGACCAGCUGUACCUGCACAUCGGCCUGAAGCCUCGCGUUCGCGAUCACUACCGAGCUACAAAGAUCGCCUUUUGGUUGGAGCUGGUGCCACAUUUGCACAACAUCAACGAACUCUUUCGGUACGUUUCAUCCACGACUAAAAUUCCUCCGCAGGACACGACGCCCUUCUCCUACACCAAACGCUUGUCGAACAAACUCUGGCCCUCUACCACCCGUCAUCCCGCCGUUCCGCCGGCCAACACCAAACAGAUGUCCGACCAGCAGAAGACGUCCGAGCACGACGACGGCACCGUCAUCAUCGAGGCGAGAGAUUACUCCACCGAGCUGAGCGUGACCAUCGCCGUCGGGGCGUCUCUGCUCUUCCUGAACAUUCUGGCGUUCGCCGCGCUGUACUACAAGAAAGACAAACACCGCCUGGAGUCCAGCCGCCGUCUGAGUCCUCCGAGAAACCUCACCAACGACGUUCCCCGCGUUCCCAGCGAAGAGCUGAUGUCCCUGCAGAAACAGCUGGACCACGAACACGAUCACGACUGCGAUUCGUUGCAAGGCCACGACAUGAUCCGUCUGACCUGUCCUCCCGAUUACGCCCUGACGCUGCGUCGUUCGCCCGACGAUAUUCCUCUGAUGACGCCGAACACCAUCACCAUGAUUCCCAGCUCCUUCGCUAGCAUGCAGCCUUCGUAUCACAACCCGUUCAACGCGUUCGGCAACAGCACGCUGACCGGCGCCGGCCUUCCUCACGGACACUCGACCACCAGAGUAUAACUCAUCGCCGGUUACUCCGCUCUGCGACUGACAGACUAUUUCGAUGAAACGAUGCACCCAGGUGCUGGAAUACAAAUACUGAGGGUGUUAUUUUGCUAUUGACUCUUUUAUGAAGUAACAUUACACUUAUUAACCUGUAUAAUAUGAUCGGUGAAUGUAAUAACUUUUCACUAUUCAUGGUACAGCAGCUAAACACAAGCAUCGUUCAGAAAUAUCAUCCAGUAAAUGAAGAAAUUAUUUGCAACCUGAUUUCCUGAAGACGAUUCGUUGUUCGGACAUUACGUUGGAGGUGUAUUACCACAAAAACCUCCCUUUUAUCUACCAACAGUCCCACAGUUUAACUGAGCGAUGUCUGUGCCGUGUACGUCGAGUGAUGAAGACGACAGUCAUUUAUGAGAUGAAGAUCAGAUGAUGAAGAAGAGUGUUUUAAAGAUCCGCUUCAGGUGUCUGGUGUACAGCAGUCCAGAUGUGGCAGUCGCUGAUGUCGUCUCUUUACAUAACUCGGAUCAAGCCCGCAAGAUGUUUUAGGUGUUUGCAUUGUAAUCUGAUUUGCAUUAUUUCUUUAAUGAAUGAGAUGCUAAAACAACACAGACAGCACAUGCAGUUCAACAAGACUUUCAUCAGUUUCUUCUUCAUGAGAGGUCUCGUGUGAUUGAUCUUUUCCCCGUACAGCUGUGUUAUAUGUGCCAGAACUUUUCCCUCAUGUCUAUAACCAGCAAUAGCAGAAGUAGCAUUGAUUAAAAAGAUGAUCUUUUAUCUACUGUAUGUGCCAUGAACUAAAUGUUAAAUGAGUGUAAACACACAUUUACAUUUUAAACAAGAGAUCAGGUUGCAAUAUCUGAAGAUUUUGUGCCAUGUGUUUAAGAGGAUUCACUCUCAAAUUUUACAGAAAGGAAUUACACAAAAUUUGUCAUUAUUUACUCCUCCCAAUAUUUUGUGCGCUGAUGUUAUUUUAGUGGAGGACAGAAGCUGUUCUUUAAGCUUUAAAACAACAUUAAGAAGCAGCAUUGAUAUCCUUCAUAUGACGCCGUGCACUGUAACCUACAGUUUAUAAAGUCACGUGAGGAUCAGAUUGAAAUUAAAGCCCUUCUUCAAUGAUUCUUUUCCCCUAAAUCAUUGUAUAGCACAUGAGCUUAAGAUGAGUAAAUAAUGACAGAUGUAACAGAUAGAUGAACUCGUGUCAAUAAGGGUGAAUGCCUUCAUGUGCCCGUUAUCUUGUUUCUAUGCCUGAUCAGUGUUAUUUUAGUGCAUAAUGUAUAUAUAGCAUAGAAUAAAUUGUAAAAAAAAAAAAACAUAUACAGCUUAUAGUAUUGCUUUGAAUUAAAUAGAAAUCUUUUUGGAACGUUAUCCUUUACUUGUGUACAGUGCUGAAUGUACGUUUGCCAACUUCACCCAUUCGUUUUUGCUCAUUCCAUUAUUUAUGUGAGCGUGGAAAAACCUAUAGAAAUAGUUACUAUCGAUCCAUAUGCUGUUUAUUCCUCUUUAAAGGUGUAUAAGACGCUCAUUUCUAAGCCCUUCGCAACAUCAUAUGUAAAUUAUCCUUUGCUAAGCUCCGCCUCCCUCUGCAUCCAGCCAUUAGUGUGAAUUUUGGGGCGGGAUUCCCGUUUGAUUGUUGACAGGUGGGGAAAGUGUAUGAGAAUGGUCUUAAAUUUUGCACUUUCUUUGGGUGAUGCUAGUUGUACAGAAAUUGUGAGCCUGCCUGUGAAAACGCAGCUAAAGCAGUGGUGUUGCGAUGGGGAGGUCUUAUGUUUUCUCUAAAGCCCCCCUUAUGUCUUCUAUAAAACCUCUGAUGUUUUGAGGAUUGACGACGGUUUGUUUACAGAUUCAAUUAAUUUUAUUAAUAUUACUUUUAAUUUGUUUUGCUAAUUUGUUUUACAAAUUGCGUCUUAUUUUAAGUGUGAUUUAUUCCAUUAAAACUAGCUGUGAUGCUGUCGUAUAUGUCAAGUGUUAAAGGGGACAAAUCAUGAAAAUCUGACUUUUUCCAUGUUUAAGUGCUAUAAUUGGGUACCAAGUGCGUCUAUCAAAUGAGCUGCCAAAUUAACAACUUAUUUCUUAAUUCUAAAUAACGCAAAACAACUUAUAAUGUCAAUGUGUAUGUAUGUAAAAAUGAUAACUUUGAUUAAUAAAAUUAAGACUUAUGAGAAAUAUAAAUGCACUUAUUUUAUAUUUAGAGUAAUGCGGUUGAAAAUUUAACAAGUUAACAUUUUUCCAGGUUAAAAUAGUCAGCCAGGCAGGAAUAUAGAGUAAAUACAAAGGAGAAAUGUCAAGAUUAAAAUAGUAGGAAUGCAAAAAGAGAACACAGAAAGUAAGGAUUGAUCAAGAAAAAAUGACAACCACCAUGAUGACAGACAGACCAAAGAUAAAUACGGGCAACUAAAGAACUGUUAACAGUUUUGUUUAUGCUUUUUUAGCUUUAUUCUUACAUUACAAAUAAUAUCAUUCUACAAAAUAUUUGCUGUUUGAGGGGACUACGUUGUGGGACCCCCAUCCCAUCUGAACCCAGCAACACCCCUGAGCUUAAAACUGUUUUAAAAUGAAUUUCUAUGUUUUUGUAAAAUAUAAACUAAACUCAUCCUACAUAAUAUAAAAAUCAUUCUGUGAAAAUAUAAUCAUUAUAUCUUUAAUAUUGGCUGAGUAAAAGAUCAUGUCAAAGAUUGAAAUUAAAGUGAAUGAUUGAAAUGAAAUUUUGAUGCUUGUAAUCUCAGAAUUAGAUUUUGAGACUUUAUCCUGCGUUGUUUUCACAGACAGGAUCACAAUGACACAACUUCAUCUUUAAAUAUUCACAAUAUUCUUCAUUUAUAUCCUCAUAUGGAAACCCCAUAUAUAUUUUGGGUUACGGCUGAACAGCUUUAUGAUUAUAAAUAAUAAAUCCAGUUUCAGAUCUUGCUUUCUUUAUAUUACAGCAAAAGUGGAAAGUCUUGAAUGAUUUUGUCUUUAAUGACUCUUGCUUGUCUUUUGUCUUCAGGGCAGAGCUUCAGUCUGGUUGAUGAGUUUUUACUCAUAAAAGUUCAGAUCUGAAUAGAAGUGUCAGGUCGGUUCCUUUAGGGUCACCAGGCAGAUUUGCAAACCAUUUGAGCAAAAGGCUUUAUAGCGGCAUGAAGGUCACAGGUUUCAUUUCAAGGUAAUACACAUUCUUAUAUGUGAACCCUGAACGCAAACCAUAUCUGCCAAAUAAGUUCAUGUAAAUGUUAAUAAUACAGUUUGCUGUGUCUAUAUAAUAUAGUGUUUCUAUAACUCAUCUGCAGAAAGAUUUAUUAAGGCUAAAGAGUUUUAAAGGAAAAGAGAUUUGUUUAUUGUUUGCUGUGUCUCUUUUUGUAAGUUGUUUUUCACAUCCUCAUUUUGGGAUUAUUUGGUUUUGUUUGACAAUAUUAAAAAUGUGUCCUUCAUCUUUUGCACAGAAACAUUUUAUUGAAAACGUCAGCCCUCUAAUUGAAAAGGUCAUUGCAGAAAUGUAAAUACUUCAAAAUCUUUCUGUUUCAAUACGAGUUGCUUUUAAAUCAUCUGCUCAUUUACUGUGUGAUGAAACAGCAUCUGUGAAUGUCGAGUUUGUUUUGCCUCAUUGAAAGACGCUGAUGGAUGUAAGAGAAAUUUUGCUGCUUUUUCUAAGAAGAAAAUAAAGUUAGAUUUUACUGAC